AUGCAGAUUUUGAUGAUGGAUUGUUUCAAGUCCAGUGCCAUAGGAAUCAAUCUCAAAGAAGGAAAGAAUUCAAAGGAGAGAUUAGAAAUUAUUGAUACUCAACCUUCUUGUUCGUACAAUACUCUAACCAAAGAUAAUCCCCUCAGAGAAACAGCAAGUACAUACGGAGGAAUGCCCUGUGCUGCCUCUAAGACAUCUUUAAAAAGGAAAAGACAUAGCCCUGUGUAUGUCAAAAGAAACGAUAUACUUUUAGAAAUAAAAAAAUUAUUGAAAGUAUUUUAUGAAAAAAAGGACCAGAGAGCACAAGAGAAGUUAGAGAUUGAGAGAAGAAAACUGGCUGAUGGGGAUGAUAUUUUUAAACAAAAUGAUUUUUCCAAAGAUCCUUCCCAAUAA